UUCUCGUAAUCUUGAUUGUUCAUUUCGUUGCUUUCCUACCAUUACCAUUUGCCAGAGCAAUCGUAUUCAAGUCUACGCGUUGUCAAGCCUCAAUUUUCCUUCCAUAUAUGUGCUUCUAAGGCUCUAACAUCUUCUCUCUCACAAUAAAUCUACAUAUUCACUACACCAACAACUACACCCGUAUACCCCAACUAUGGCAGCCUCAAGCAACCCAAUCACACACCGCAAAUCCCUCAUCGGUUCCCCCUCCAACUUCUGGCUACACAGCACCCGUACCGGCUUCGACCUAACACACCCGUCUUCCCCCUCCAUCCCCACACCCGGCUCCAAAAUCACCAUCCAAACCACCACCGCCCCAAUAACAAUUUCACCCUCCAAAUCCGCCCUCAUUAUCAUCGACAUGCAAAACUUUUUCCUCAGCGCGUCCUUCGGCCGCUCCCGGGGUGCCGGCCACGCCGCCUGCGAUCAGCUAGUGACUCAGGCGAUCCCUGCCGCACGUAAAGCUGGGAUAAGGGUGAUUUGGUUGAAUUGGGGGCUUACGGAUGAGGAGGUUAGCGAUAUCCCGCCAGCGGUGAAGAGGGCGUUUGGAUUUGAGGCUGUGGAUGAGGAUGUUGGGUUGAGUUUGGAUUCGUUCGCAGGACAGGAGAAUGGGGUGGGUGUGGAUAAGUUUGGGAAGCAGAGGUUUCAGGGCGGACAUGUGUUACUUGAGAACGGGAAGGAUGGGAGGAUUUAUCGCGGUCUGGGGUCGGCGUGUGGGAUGGUGAGACUAGAAGAUGGCAGCAUGAUGGAUGCGGGGAGGUUGUUGAUGCGGGAUACCUGGAACGCGGCAUUAUACCCACCCCUUGAUAGCAUGUUUGAAGACGGCAAGAAGUUGGGCAAGAGUCCAGAUGUAUGGAUCCACAAGAACCGGAUGUCGGGGAUGUGGGGUGCCAAAACGGCGUGUGAGGAGUUUUUAGAGAAAGAGGGGAUAAAAGCGCUAUUUUUUACGGGAGUGAAUACGGAUCAGUGUGUUGGAGGCACGUUUACAGAUGCAUUUAGUAAGGGCUAUGAUUGUGUGUUGUUGAGUGAUGGGUGUGGGACUACGAGUCCUGAGUUUGCGCAGCACUGUUUUGAGUAUAAUGCUGCGAGGACUUUUGGGUUUUGUGCGAGCUGUGAGGAAUUUAAGAAGGGGGUAGAUAGGAUACGGAGUUGA